UCAGCAAUCUAUGUUUGAUGUUGAAAUUUGGUAACUUACCUUAUGCUAAACAUCGCGAUUUAUGCAGUUUUAGUUUGUGAGUAGUAACGCCCAAUAGAAUUAUAUACUAAAGUUUUAUAUAACUUUAAUUUAUACCAGAAUUUUCUCUCUUCGUAACAAUAUGCUUCUAAUUCGAGUAAAUGUGUUUUGAUAGAAAUACUCUUAUUUUACUUUUGAGUUAUCAAAAUCGUUAGUAAAUUUUACAUGUGAUUUUAAAAUAAUGGAUAAGAAGAAAAGGGAGGUCAAAUUUGUUCAAGAUAAUGUGGUUGUCAGUAUCGUUAGUCCUUUAAAAGACGAAGCAGUUUUUGAGGGGCAAUUGAUGAUUGUUGAAGAGCCACAUGGACCAGAAAUAGAGUGGCAUCCAGGAAAACUGAAAACUGCUGAAGGGAAGAAAAAUAGUCCAGAAGUAGACAGUUUAGAGUGGGAAGAUGUAUCAUCAGCUGUUGGAUAUAAAGCAAAUCACGAUGAAAGCCUUGAUGCUGUAGAAAUCAAAGCUGUUCGUACACCAAAUAUUAUCAAAUUUGACAUCGCAGAUUUGAAAUCAUUCAAGAGGAGUGAAAUUCGUGAAGGCAAUAAAGUUAUGUUAACAUUCUUAUUAAAGGAUGGAACAAAUAUUCCAAGUUUACAAUUUGAAAAUAAUGGCUUUGGGAAGUUUUGUGCAGCAUUAGAUAAUUACAUAAGCUUUAAAAAGUCAGAAAAGGAUAGCAAUCUGUAUUUAACUGUUGAUCCAAAAAUUCAAGCACUGGAGAAAUCAUUUAGUGAAUUAGAUUUAUUCUCUGACAGUAAACCUCAUAUUAUUACGAAAAUGCUUCAUGAUCCAUAUCAUACAGCAUUAGGAGGUUUUUCAAAAGUGACAAAUUUCUUCUUCUCUGAUUUGAAUUAUGGAAAUGACACAGAAUCACAUUAUUCAGAUCAUCGUCAUUUAUCUGAAUUGAUUUCUGAAAACAUUUUGAAUGUGGAUAUUGAUCACCAGGAAGAACCUGGUUACGAACUUAUUACAUGUAUUGAAUUACCUGCCAGGCCCGAAGUUAAGCGAGAAGACCCAGUUAUUCUAGAAGAAUGGAACUCGCAUCUGGAUUAUGAAGGAAGAAUCACAGAUGUUGAAACUCUGAAACAAAGAAUAUUCAAGGGAGGCUUGGUACAUUCCAUCCGAUCUGAAGCAUGGAAAUAUUUACUUGGUUUUUAUAAUUUUGAUUGCACAAAUAAGGACAAGAUGGCUAUCAGAAAAAAAAGAGAGGAGGAUUAUUUUAGGAUGAAAUUGCAGUGGAAGUCCAUUAAUGCAGAUCAAGAAUCUAGAUUUGCCGCAUUAAGGGAAAAAAAGAGUCUUAUUGAAAAGGACGUGAGUCGAACUGAUCGAACUCAUCCAUUUUAUGAAGGCGAAAACAAUCCUAAUAUCCAAAUGCUUCAAGAUAUACUGAUGACCUAUUGCAUGUAUAAUUUUGAUUUAGGAUACGUCCAAGGAAUGAGUGACCUGUUGUCACCCAUUUUAGUUGUUAUGCAGAAUGAACUAGAUGCAUUCUGGUGUUUUGCAGGGUGGUUACAAACAAUAGGUGUAAAUUUUGAAUUAGAACAGCAAGGCAUAAAGAACCAGUUGCAGAAUCUGCAUAGGUUAUUACAUUUUGUGGAUUCGCAGUUAUGUAGCUAUUUAGAAAAACAUGACUCUGGAAACAUGUACUUUGCAUUUCGAUGGCUUCUAAUUCUUUUCAAACGAGACUUUAAAUUUAUGGAAAUUAUGAGGUUAUGGGAGGUCCUUUGGACUGGCCUACCGUGUAAAAAUUUCCAUUUGUUAGUGUGCAUAGCGAUUUUGGAUUCUGAAAAAAUGACAAUUAUGGAAAAUGAGUAUGGGUUGACUGAAAUUUUAAAGCAUGUCAAUGAAAUGUCAUAUAAAAUAAACCUAGAAGAUACCUUAUGCAAAGCUGAAGCAAUAUUCCUUCAGAUCAAGAACAGUAAAUACCAAUCAGAUGUUGUUCAAACAAUCUUAGGACUCGAACCACCUGCUCAAACAGAAAAAUUAUGUCCUAAAACAACACAGGUUGUCAACUCCAAGGUUCAUUCGACUGUAUCUAGCCCUGUUAACAGAAAGAGUGAAAGUGCUACCAGUAGCUCAGAUAACAUAGAUGAAUUUGUUGAUUUAGAACCGAAUUACCAGUUGCCAUUUGAUUUAUUUACCUGAGCUACCUGUGAUGCAUUUUUAUUGAGAUGUGCCUGCCUGAAUAAGUGCUCAGGAAUUUUAUGCUAGGGAUGUAAUGCUGUCGCAUGAUUAUGUGCUUUUGUAUAUUUUUGUGAACAUAGAAAAUUAUGUAUUUUUAGUCUUCAGUGUCUUAUGUGAAAUCUAUUAAUAAUUGUACAUUUUUCUAUAGAGAAAAAUAGUGAUAUUUUAAAGAGUGCAAGUGAUUUUGUCUGCCUUAAAUUACAAAUUUAGAAAUUAAUAAAUACCAGUAUUAAUAUUCAAAGCACUUUGUAGAGUCGGAUAUAAUUUGGGUUGCAAAAAUAUAGACUUUUUUCAAGUUCAUAUACCAGGCUUUGUAAGCGAAAUCUAAGCGGUUGGAACUUUAAUACAUUUUUGAUCUGUUCGCAAAUUUAGAUGGGCAAGCACAUUGAAAGUAAAAACUUGUUCUGUGUUUUAGCAAUUCAAAUUAACUUUUGAACUCAUUUUCUAAUAAAAUAACUUGUAUUAAAGUUCAGUAAUAAAAAUGAUUAUUUCAUGCAUUUAAGUAUAUGAUUUAUCACUCACUGCAUAUAAAAUCAUCAUAUGCUUUAUAUGUGUAUUAUGGCAUAGAAAUUUUUAUUUCUGUUCAUAGCAUUUGUGGAUAAAGCUGUAGAUAACUUACUUAGUUUGUGGUAUAAUUUAGUGCUCUCUUCUUUUGUUGUAUCUUAAACUCAGUAUCGAAAAAAUGUCCCCCUUUUUUUGUUCUUUUUAAUUUUUAAGUCUAAAAUUGUUUGGCAAGAUUAAACUCUGUAUAAUUUGACUUUUUUAAAGAUUUUUUUUUGAACAUUGAUCUGAAAACUAAUAUAUUUUUAUAAAUAAAAGUUUUAAAGUGUA